AUGACCGAAACACAUCGCAAUGAUAACCCUAACGGGUUCAUCACCGAACGCGAGGUCGACGGCGAGCGUCGAUCUAUCCGUCAUUACAACGACGGUCGAGUAUCGUCGCGGAAUAGUUCUCGAGAAGGCCGUAUCUCCUCGCGACCCACAAGCAGGGCAAGCUUCACUCGAAGUAGGGUCAAUUCUCAAACUACCUCUCGGUCUGCCUCUCGGUCCACACGACGGGCCUCGUCUGAGAGCGGCGUUGGACUCGUCGAGUUAUUCUUUGAAAUGGACGAGCUGGACAUGCCAGAGCACCACCGUCCACUUGAGAGCGAAGCGCCUCCCGAUCUAUCAAACACCAAUCGGGAAAUCAAAUCUUUGGCCUCGCAAACGGUUGUGCCGACAUCUUCACCGGAUUUACUAUCUUCAGGCACUGCCAAGGAAAGCCAUGUCCUGAGUCGUGUAGCCAAAAUCGAGAAUCAAAUCAAGAAGCUCGGGAAACAGCCUUCUGUCGAUAUUGCCAAGGACGAAGAGUAUUGA